AUGGCUACUGCUACCAAGAUUUGUUUGACUCCAAAAGAUACCGGUGUAUUCAGCACAUCAGGACUCAGCGAAGCAUCUGCUCGAAAAGUCAGCGAAGUGCUCCAGCAUAUUAUGGAGAAUCACCACGUCUACGUGAAUGACAUCGGAUUCCACAAUCAUAUCGUGCAUUUUAUGCUUACUAUCUGGGCCCUCGGAGCCUCGUCUGAAACCAUUCAACUUCAAUACGACCGGGAAACAAAGCGUCAAAGACCCGCCCUGCCUCGGGAUGAAGCUAUCGUCAAAUCCUUCAGUGAUAAGGAGGCAUUUAUGAGCCACUUUUACGAAGAGGCCCACUAUUCUAACUACCUCGCUUUCUUCCAACAGGAGAUCGAAACCAAGGGAGUCGCCGACGUGAUUAAUGAAUAUCUGUUUAGCGGCGACGAGCUCGCGGAGUCUCUUCUUUCGAGGCUCUUUAGUGGACUGAUCCAUCCCAUCAUCCACUUGGGCUUCGGAAUUGAGUUCAACCAACCGGCAAUUAUCGCCCAGGCGCUUGCUCAGGCCGCUGUGCAUGAGGACUAUUUAGGCUCGAGUUUCUUUGGUCCAGCCGAGGAAGCGGCUUUGAAGGCAGAGGAAAAGAAGACACUGAUACAGAUAAUGGAUCAGAUGCGUGUGGACAGGACGCUUAGUACUGCUGCUCAUCAUGAGGAUGGCGACAGGUUUGCAGACGGAUUCUUGAAACGCGCCCCAGAGAUAAUCGCUCAUUGCAGCCAAUGGACAGUGCCAGAAGACAAGAUCCACGAGAGGCUAGCUGAAAUGAUGAACACUGCAAUCUACUGGACAGCCACAGCACAGAACCCCAAGAAGGAAAUCAAACUAGACUUCUUCUACAUACACUCGGUAAAUUCCGCCAUUCUCUUCAAAGCCUUUAUGGACCUGCCUUACCUCAGCCCUCACAACAAGUCUCGUCUUUUGGAAAUGAAAGGCCGUAUAGACCUGUUGAAUUGGGCAUCCCGCAACAUGCCCAAACCUGAGCCCAAGGACGUGAAUGAUUACAAUAUUUGCCUUGACUGGCCUGACAUAUUUGCUCAGAGCUGCAAGCACCCCACCGAUGAUGGCCAUCUGCCCAAAUUUGUCCGUGCAGUAGCGUAUGCUCGAGAGCUAUGUCGGGCUUAUGAGGCAGAGGAGAGAAAUGGUUUCUUGGUGAAGGAUGACAUGUGGAUCCGGAUUGCGAAUAUGGCCAUCGAUUCGGUGGGAGAUACACCAGGUGAUAUGUGGGUUCGAGGAGCCGGUUUUGCUGAAUCCUGGGCCAGAUUUGGGCCUAGAAAGUGA